CCGAGGGGCUGCUCGCGGAGGCGGGCGGUCCAGCCUGCAGCACCCAGCGGCUGAGGCGGCGGGGACCCGGACCCCUCCCCGGCCGAGGUGACCUUACCCUGGGCCUGAAGCCAAACCCCCACUCCAAGGAGCAGAGGUGCCGCCUCCCGUUCAAACAAGARAGGACUGUGGGGGAAGCCUUCUCAACCGCUCGUCAGGACCCUACAACAGAAAGAGGGGCUCAGAGCAACUGCCCAUCCCUACUUCAUUCAGGGGGAAGGAAGAAGGAGUGGCCCUUCCCUCCCAAGGAUGACAUUGAACACCCAGCAGGAAGCAAAGACCCCCCUUCGACGGAGAGCCAGCACUCCCCUCACCUUGUCAUCCCGGGGCCACCAGCCUGGCCGCCUCUGCACAGCAAGCCCCAGUCAAUCCCAGCAUCCCCGAUUGGGCCAAUCAUUCUCCCUCAACCCUCCUGUCCGGAAACCUUCACCUGCCCCAGAUGGUUGGUCCUCUGAAUCCAGCGACUCRGAAGGCUCCUGGGAAGCCCUCUACCGAGUGGUGCUGCUUGGAGAUCCUGGCGUAGGGAAGACCAGCCUGGCCAGCCUCUUUGCAGGGAAGCAAGARCGGGACCACCAUGAACAGCUGGGAGAAGAUGUGUAUGAGAGGACCCUCACGGUGGAUGGCGAGGACACCACACUGGUGGUCAUGGACACCUGGGAGGCCGAGAAACGGGUAUGGCACUGCAAGCAGGACUUGGAGGACAAGGAUGAGAGCUGGAGCCAGGAGUCGUGCCUGCAGAUGGGCAGCGCCUACGUCAUCGUGUACUCCAUCGCAGACCGGGGCAGCUUCGAGAGCGCCUCUGAGCUCCGCAUUCAGCUGCGGCGCACACAUCGGGCAGACCACGUGCCCAUCAUCCUCGUGGGCAACAAGGCGGAUCUGGCCCGCUGCCGGGAAGUCUCCGUGGAAGAGGGCCGCGCGUGCGCCGUGGUGUUCGACUGCAAGUUCAUCGAGACGUCAGCCACUCUGCAGCACAACGUGGCCGAGCUCUUCGAGGGCGUGGUACGCCAGCUGCGCCUGCGCCGCCGAGACAGCUCCGCCCAGGAGCCCCCUGCACCGCGGAGGAGGGCUAGCCUGGGCCAGCGCGCGCGCCGCUUCCUGGCCCGCCUGACUGCCCGCAGCGCCCGCCGCCGGGCACUCAAGGCCCGCUCCAAGUCCUGCCACAACCUGGCCGUGCUCUGAGACCACCCGCCCUUCUGGAGGUGGAGGGACACUGGGUACAUUCUGGCCUCCACCUAAGGCAAAGGUGCAGUUGCAUAUAGUCCGCAUCGAAGGCCUUUCCUAUCUGCUGCCCUGAUGGCAGAGCUCCGAGGACCCUUCGACCUCAAGGAAGCAGUGGACAGACUAUGGGUCCAAAGCCUCACUGGGCACAAAGUAGAGGGUUUUUUUAAGUGGUGGGUAUCUUUUGGUAAAAAUCUUUCUUGUCCCUGGGCCCUGGGCAAGCCUUAGAAACCCUCCAUGAUAAACCUGUCCAGAAGGAUGCCCUGUCUGAAUGCCCAGAACRGCCCUUCUGGACUCUUCCAGGUGUCCCCACCUCCUGCAUGCCCAUCUACACUGACUGGUUUAGCCUACUGGCCUGGAUGUCAAUAAAGUCAUUGAAUCAA